AUGGAACACACGCAUCUCAAGCAUGAGCCAUGUCCUUCACAAAUUAUUGCUCACAUUAUACCGGAAUUCGGAGACCGAGUUGUCUGCAAAUGUUUCUUAAGGUUACCCAACACGCAUCAAAUUGGUCACUGCCGUUCUGAAAGGUUUAUCUUUUAUGGCAUGGGGCAAACCAACUUCAACUUCAUAGUUGACAAGCUUUGCCGGAAAGUGCAAGAUGAGAUGAGACUCCAAAUGAAACGUAUGUCUUGUUCAUGGAAGCAGCAAGUUCCAUAA